UGCUAGCAAGCCCCGGGGAGGCGUGCUAGCAAGAGCGACACAUUUCGAGAUCACGAAAUGUGUCGACCGCUAGCCUUGAUCCUAAUCCUUCUCGCGGUUCUCCUGAAGGACCAUGCCUCCUCCGUGCAUGGGCAGCAGGCGCCGCCUGCUGUGCCCCUCGCGGCCCAGAAUUUCUUCAAUGAAGCUGAGAGUUCGGUGGAGUCUCUGGCCGCCAAUGCUAUUCUUAACUACAAGAACAGAGAAGCAUUGUUUACCACAUGCAACUCGAAUUCGAGAUGUUCUGCUUACGCCUGUCAGCCCGUGGACCUCUCUUCAAGUGGCUGGCAAUGUUUGGCCUCGCCCGGGAACAUAGGCUGUGGAGGAUCCGGAACUAGUUCAAGCUGUAAGAACGCCACUGUGUGGUCGAGUAGUUAUAUACGGCUGCCUCCGAAGGCCAAACAGUCUGACUUAACGUGUGACGCUCAGUUGUCGAUUUGUUCUCAAAAGGAUCUCGACUCGCAGUCCUUUGAGAAAAUAUUCUCGAACGAUGGUGGUCCAUUCAACAAAAUCGCGUGGUCGUAUUUCGGGUUCUCUAACGGAGUCUUUCGUAUCUACCCAGGAUUGGAGCUGCCUCCAAGUGAUUGCAAUCCAAGAUGGUAUGAUCCCAGAAAACGCCCGUGGUAUAAAGCCGUCACAGACGUGAGCAAGGAGGUUAUCGUCUUGCUGGAUACAGGGGGGCCAAUGGCAGAUGCACUGUCCUUGCGUGCAGGCUCUAAAGUCCAAGUCUUUUCCGCAGCUCAACAGAUUGUCACAGAAUUUCUGGAUACUCUGAACGCAGACGAUGUUGUCACAGUUUACAGCUUUGACAACGUGGGGACAACUUUGGUCAAUAAGAAGGUCCAAAUCUCAAACGAUGAUGCAACAUCUAAAAUCGUACUCGACCCCUUGAAGAAAGCCGUCAACGCGAUCACGGUCACGUCGAAUGGUGCACAAGCGAAUCUGACGGCGGCACUGGAUUCAACCGUCCUGCAAGGCGGAUUUGACGACUCCACGUCUCGAGUAGCGAGCUUGAAGAUCAUCAUCGUUAUCACAGGAGGAGAGCUCGCAGACGGUCCGACCGUCGAAGUUCCGCCCUCGAUCAGCCAAGGGGUGGACUCCCAACAGGUGCGGACCUUCAUCUACCAGCUGAGCGACAGCACCCCGGGCACUCCGACUCCGGGGGUGGCGGAUCUGAGCUCGCUCGCGUGCACUCUCGGCGGCUCCUACGACGAAGUCCCUCGUGACAACAUUCUCGACGACCCUCUCUCGACGCUGAGAUCCUUCUACAGCUACGUCGCAAGUCUCCGUUUCGCGUUGGAUGGACAGAAACCGCUAUGGGUCCCGUCGUACGCCGACGCGUACGCCAUCGGCAACGUGAUUACCGUCGCUUACCCAGCGUUCGACGGCGACGUCCUGAUCGGAGUAGCCGCCAUAGAUGUGCUGACGGACGCUGUCGAAGCGGAGUGGCCCAACGCCAUCGACAACUGGAGGAAACCCGCCGACAAGAAGCAAAGUCAGGGCUCGCCGGUCAACUGCACCGUAAACCUGGCACCAGACGCCGCAGUCUGUUCGGCCGGCAACUCCGCGGACCGGGGACUCUGCGCCGGCGACGUCGGGCCGAGAACGGACCUAGAGUACAAUGCCCGCACAUGCUGCGAGGGCUCGUGCUCCGCGAAUCUGCUGUCGUCGGAUGCCGGGAAUAAGACAUCGCAGUCGUUCUUCGACAAAGGCGGGAACAUUGCCCUCGUCGCGGUUCCCGGCAGCGUCGUCCUUGUCGUCUUGAUCUUGCUGUGCUUCUGUGGACGGAAGAUGUACGCGGCGUGCCACAGUUGUGUCGUCAUGUGGCUCACCCCCCCACCCGUGGUGAGCCCCACCACGGUUAUGUGGGGUUCGGACUGGGGUAAGGAGGUUGUGGGAAUGCGGCUAUCGUUCCCGGAUAACAGCAGAGUCGGGGGUACCCCCUCCACCGCCACCAGCACGACCAGCACGACGCAGUUGGUCAGCUCUCCGGACCCAUCGACGGUGGGCUCUCCCCAAGUUGCGACGACGGGGUCGAGACGCACGAAAUCUUCCCUGCAAGGAGAAGGGAAGGACUCUGCCUCCAAUAAUCGCGAUCCCUGGACAGAUUCGCUGUAGAUGUAUAGGCACGCAAGCGACAGAAAGUUUUGCAUUGAAUCUUGUAUUGUCUGUGACACCGAUCGUCGUCUUUUGGCAUCGCUUUUCUUUCCGAGAGUUAUCUGGACGUGUAGGGUAUUUCCAUCGAUCACUCCCUCCGAAAUGCCAUCUCCAGCUUGUACAUAUGUGGAACGAACUCAACUUUUUUGAGGUCAUGCGGGAGCAAUUUGAUGGCUCGUGAGAAGUAUCGCUUGGAUGCUGUUUACCAUUUGUACCAUGCAAAUAAAAAAAAAGAGCCUGAAGGUCAAGUACUUC